AUGGCCGAUCGCUGGGAGGCGCGCAAACGUCAGCGGCCCGACUCGUCCGCCAGCGAGACAAUCGACAUGAAGCGGCUACGAAUCAACUCGAGGUGGGCGCCCCCGCUUCCCGGCCGCCUCCCGCGCGCCAACUCACCGGUCCUCCCGUGCAACCGCAGCGAGCCGCUGGACACGCCGCCGGCGGCGGCAGCAGCUGCCCCGGGCAGUGCGGCGGAACUGCUGGCGAGGGGCGGUGCUCCCGCAUGGGGCACCGCGCAACUCUCGCCCCCCGCGGCUUACGCCGACAUCAACUCGAUGCUCGCGCGCCUGCACAUGGAGAGGGUUGCGGCCGGGGUGAGACCCGCGUGGCGAGGCGACGACGACGACGAGGACCUCUGA